AUGGUCCUCGGCUUCCAGUUCUCGUUUCAUUCACCACCACUCAACCCUGUCACCAAGAAGGCUCAACGCGUCCCCAUCUUCAACCCCAUCGACCGCCAUGGCCGUGUCUUUUUCUUUUCCUGGACGGGGUUCAUGGUAGCCUUUUGGGCGUGGUAUACCUUUCCUCCUUUGCUCACCCACACAAUCAAACACUCCCUCCACCUCACUCCCGCCCAAGUCGCCAACUCCAACAUCAUCUCCCUCCUCGCCACCCUUUUGGUGCGUCUCAUUUCCGGUUGGGCCUGCGACCGCUACGGCCCCCGCCUCGUCUUUGCCUUCAUCUUACUUUUGGGCGCCAUCCCCAUUGGUCUAGCGCCUACCAUCACCAACGUCACGGGUCUUUAUGUCAUCCGCUUCUUCAUCGGUAUUCUGGGCGGCAGCUUCGUUCCCUGCCAGGUAUGGACCACGGCGUGGUUCGAUAAGAAUGUGGUGGGCACGGCGAAUGCGGUAGCCGGAGGAUGGGGAAACGCCGGAGGGGGCGUGACGUAUUUUGUCAUGCCGGCUGUUUUUGACAGUCUGGUUAGGAACUGGGGGAUGGCGGAGGGAAAGGCGUGGAGAGUCACGUUUGUGGUGCCGCUGAUUUGUUUGUUGGUGGUUGGGUUGGCGUUGGUGUUGGUGUGUGAGGAUAUGCCGACUGGACGGUGGAGGGAUCGCAAUCAAGGUGUGGAGGUUCCGGUGGUCAUCGAUGGUGUUGAUUUCAAGUCUGGUUCUGGCGCAGAGACUCCCAUGACGACGACGAAGAUGGACGAAGAAAAGGGAUCCAAAUCCGUGUCUGAUACCGAGUCGACUACCCGCCCGGACGUCGAAAAGGGGGAGGUCUCCAUGACCGCCCCCAGCACCACCAUUCCGUCGGUAACCACCAUCCUCCUCUCCCCGCAAACCCUCUUCCACAUCCUCACCUACGCCUGCUCCUUUGGCUCCGAACUAGCCAUCAACUCCGUUCUCUCGUCUUACUUCCUCUCCGUCGCCCCUUCUUCCCUGUCCCAAACUUCCGCAGCCAACUACGCCGCCAUCUUUGGUUUUCUCAACUUUAUCACCCGUCCCCUAGGCGGGUUAGCUUCUGACUACCUUUAUUCCUCCUUUGGCGGCUCUUCCCCUUCUUCUUCCCCUUCCCCCUCUUCCAGCCCAGAAGCAAAGCCCAAAGCCCUCUGGGCCCGCAAACUCCUCAUCACAACAUGUACCCUCCUCACCGGCACUUUCCUGUUGUUACUCGGCCUACUCCGCCCUUCAUCACUUGGGACCGCCAUCGGGUUGGUCAUAUUGGCAGCUAUCUUUAUCGAGGCCGGUAAUGGGGCCAACUUUGGGUUGAUCCCCUUUGUGUGGCCGGAGAGAAACGGGGUGGUGAGCGGGGUUACGGGCGCAGGAGGCAAUUUGGGCGGGGUGGCGUUUGCGUUGGUGUUUAGGUUUGUGGGCGGACAUGGAGCGAAGGGGGGGUAUGAGAAGGCGAUUUGGAUUGUGGGAAUCAUUAAUUUGGUGGUGGCGGUUGUGGGGGUGGGGAUUAAGCCUGUGCCUGUGGGGGGGAUGGGGAGUACAAGUGGAAAGAAGAGGUGGUUGUGGUGAGAUACUGGAGUGGAAGGUGGAAAUGGGGGAAGGAUUAAGGGGGAAGUAAUAAAGGGGGUGAUGAUUUAUGAGUGAUGAUACUUUCGGAUUUUGUUUUGGUAAAGUGGUGUUUUGGCUUCAAUUUGUGGUAAGGAGCAAGUUGCAAGGUGUUUCGCAACCGAUGCCAUGGCUUUGG